AUGACAAUUACAAAUAACAACCGCAAAUCAACCAUGGAUGAUUCAGUUCCUUUCCCAUUAACUAAGAAUCAAUCAACCUCGAGCAUUCCUACUAGACCACGAAAUCUAUCGAUAACUACAUCUCCUGUGAUAUCAGUUACACCACAUAGAAAUAGAUCAACCACGUUGAAUUCCAUAGAUAAUUUAAUCAAAGAGGAUGCAAAGUACAAUAAAUUCAAUGGCAAUAUUAAACUAUUGGAUGAUAUAGAUUUGGAGAAGCAGUUAAUCGAACAAGCUGGUGGCAAGAACAAAGUCUGGAUAUUCAUUCUCAAAUUGCUAAUACUUACAUUUGUGGUUCUCGGUUCUGGUGUAUUGAUAUUCUAUGCAUUGUAG